AUGGACCGUUGGUUAGAAAGUUGUUCGUUUAAACGAGAAAGGCCUACAGAUGAAGAAGAAGUUAAUGCAUCUGAUGUUCAACGAAUUAAGUCAGUGACUCUCGAACCAAAGUUGUCAGUGUCCAUUGAACCUAACUCGUCAGCAUUCCUUGAAACUAACCCUUCCAGGAUCAAUGUUCAGCUUACUGGAAAAGUUAGAAAAUAUAACUCUGAUUACUUGGAAAUCGGUUUUACGUUCACUGGACCUGAGCAACGGCUUAAACCUCAAUAUGUAAUUUGCUAUGAAAGUCUUUCGAAUGAAUGA